AUGACUCGCAACGAAGACACUCGGCUGACUGGCGGCCAGUAUAUCUGCGAAGAGCUCGCCCGCCGUGGGGUUGAACACGCAUUUGGCAUCACUGGCGGCGCGGCCGUAGACAUCUUUGACCCGCUGCACUCCCAGCCGCCCUUCACUUUUAUCCUGGCCCACCACGAGCAGGGCGCCGGCCAUAUAGCCGAGGGGUACGCCCGUGCCUCGGGAAAACCAGGCGUGGUGAUGGUGACCUCCGGGCCAGGGACCUCCAACCUGGCCACCCCGCUGCUGGACGCGCUCCUCGACGGGGUGCCCCUGGUUGCCAUUUGCGGGCAGGUGCCCACCGUCGUGCAGGGCACGGAUGCCUUCCAGGAGAUCGACACCCUCGCGCUGGCGAAGACGUGCACGAAGUGGUGCAGGAUGCCGCGGAGACCGGAAGAUCUACCCGAGUGUAUCGCUCGAGCGUUCGAGGAAGCCACCAGCGGAAGGCCGGGGCCGGUCUUGCUGGCGAUUCCUAAGGAUGUGUCUGGUGCAGAAUUCAGUCCGAAAGAGGUGCCGCAGAGCAACAACACUAAUGAACGGCGUUCGGCCUUUUGUCCUAACCAGCCAGAGGGAGAAACCCUGGAUGAAGUCGCAAACUUGAUUAACAAGGCCAGUAAACCGGUCAUCAUCGCAGGCCACGGGCUCCUUACCUCUUCCCGUGGGCCGGAGCUGCUUAGCCAACUGAUAGACCAAAUUCACAUUCCCGUUGCAACCACCUUUCUGGGUCUGGGGGCUUUCGACGAACUCCACUUCCUGGCGCUAGGUAUGCUCGGCACGUAUGGCACCGUGCCCGCCGACCUAGCGGUGCAGAACUCCGAUCUGAUCCUCGCCCUGGGGGCACGACUCGACGAGCGGGCCGUCGGAAACGUGGAGGGUUUCGCGCCUGUUGCGCAGGACGCCGCGACCAAGGGCACCGGCGGGAUCGUACAUUUCGAUAUCUCUCACGAGCAGAUCGGGAAGGUUGUGGGUGCGACUGUCUCGGUGGUGGGGGAUUUAGGGACGACGUUGCCUUCACUCCUGGAGAGGGUUACGCCAGUGGAAGCAGAGGCCAGGGGUAAGUGGUUAGCGAAGAUCCGGGACUGGAAGCAGCGUUUUCCGCUGGCGUAUCAGCCUCUUACGCCUGGGGAGAAGCAGGAGCUGCUGCCGCAGGAGGUAAUUAUGCAGUUGGAGGCAUGCACCCGCCACCGAAAAGAGGAGAUCCUGCUCACGACCGGGGUUGGGCAGCAUCAGAUGUGGACGGCGCGGUACUUUCGUUCCCGCGUGCCCAAAGCGGUGAUCGGCUCGGGGGGUCUCGGCACGAUGGGCUUCGGACUGCCCGCUGCCGUUGGGGUGAAGCUGGCGCGGCCGGAGUGUACGGUGGUCGACGUGGAUGGAGACGCGUCCUUGUCUAUGACCCCGCAGGGGAUCCUGACGGCCGUGCAGCAUGGGGUCGAUGUGAAGGUGCUGCUGCUCCGGAAUGAGGAGCAGGGGAUGGUGCAGGAGUUGCAACGGGGGAUGUUUGAGGGCCGGAUCACGCAGGUCGACCAACUCAAUCCGGAUUUCGUACGGUUGGCGGAGAGUAUGGGGGCGAGGGCGAAGCGUUGUAAGUGUCGUGAGGAGUUGAGGAAUGGGAUUGACUGGUUGCUGGGGGAGAAGGGCGUGGCGUUGCUGGAGGUGGUGGUGCAGGGGAGGUUGCCUAUGGUGCCCAAGGUGGCGGGGGGGAAGGCGUUGGAUGGGAUUUUGGACGGGUUGGAGGAGAAGGAGAAGUAG